AUGGUCAGCCACCUGGACAUCAGUCAUCCUCCUCAGGACACAGAUGCCGCCAUCCCAUCUCCAGCAGCUCAGGCAAGCUGGGGCCCCAGCCACUCCGAGGUGUGUGCCGAAGUCGCCGCGCUCUCUGGCUGGCUCCUCUGCAGAGCAGCAGCCCCACAGGACGAGGCAAUUAACGCCUUAGAGCGCGGUGCGGGGCACCGCGGCGCGGAUCAGAGCGGCUUAAACCCAAAGGGCCCCCAGUUUGAGGUGGAGCUGCGCGCUGUGCCGGCGGCUGCCGAGAACGGCGAGGUGCUGAAAGCCGACGGCCAGCUCAGCGAUGACGAGGACGCGGCGCUGACGCGCACGAUCGCUGCUUUAGUUUUGAAUUUGCGCGGAAUCGACCCCGAGAUUCGCGAGGACUGCAAGGACAAGGUGAGGGAGGUGGCUGGGGAGGGGCUGAUGCGCCUGGUGCGUUUCCUGGACCCCAUGUACUCCGACAGGGGCGAGCGCCUGCGCAGCAAGGCAGCCACAGCACUCGCGCACCUCGCCACCGACAACGAGGCCAACGCCCAGGCCAUCCUGAAAUUAGGGGGUGUGGAGGCGCUGACGGCUGUGAUGGGCGCGGAGAGUGAGCCUGUGCUGGCGUGUGCCGCCAUGCAGGCCUUGACCACCCUGGCUGGCCACGCCAGCGCCCGUCUGGCGGUCCUGCGCGAUUCUUCCCUCCUGCCAAACCUCACCCAGCGCCUGGGGCCAGGGGUGGAUGAGGGUGUGAUGGAGGCUGCGCUGUGGCUGUUCAGCACGGCUGUCCAGGGGGACAGCAGCGCCCAGAAGCAGGGCCUGAGUGCCCUGCCCGACCUGGUUCGCCUGCUGGACAAAGGUGCCAGCAGCACGGUGACGGCUGCGGCUGCGGCUGCACUGACCAGCCUGGUGGCAGGGAACGCGCAGGCACAGGCGGCUGCCCACAAUGUGGGCGCCCUGCCCGAGCUCAUCAGGCUGUUAGAACUGGCCAUGCCGGAGACAGGGUCACUGACGGAGGGAGCGGUGUUGCCCGUGGCAGCGGAGCGGGCAGUCUGGGCAGUCGCUGAGCUGGCAGCGGGCUGCCCGGCCAAUCAGGACGCAGUACGCGAGUUGCACGGCAUCGCGCCCCUUGUCUGGCUGCUGGACGGCCCUGCAGAUUCCAUGAUCACAAUUGGUGCGGCUGGGGCGCUGUGCAACCUUGCGGAGAGCAACCCAGAGAACCAGUCGGCGAUCACAUGCACUGCCGCACUGGACGCUUUUCCCCGGCUGCUGCGGGAGGGGCUCGCAUCCCACAGCUUCAUCGUUGAGGUGGUGGCGUGGUGCAUGCAGCACCUGGCGCAGGGCUCCCCGGAGGCGCGCGACGCGAUGCGCGAGGCCGGAGCGCUGCCAGUCUUAGUAAGCGUGCUGGACAGCGCGGAUCCCCAAAGCGCGCGCGCCGCCUGGGCCGUCUCAGCGCUCGCCGCCGACUGCCCCGCCAACCGCGCCGCCUUCCGGGAUGCUGGCGCGCUGCCGCGGCUGGUGCGCAUGCUGUCCUCGGGCGAUGAGAGCGGCCUCACCGCCGCAGCCGUGUGGGCGCUCCUGCAGCUUGCUGGGGACUGCCCCGAAAACAAAAAGGCCAUUGCAGCUGCGGGAGCGGUGCCCACCUUUGUGCGUCUGCUACAGUCCAAGAAUGAGCUGGUGGCUGAGGGCGCCUCGGAGGCAAUGCUGCACAUCGUGACCCCCUCGCAGCAGCAGGAGGGGGCCCCUGCCCAGGCGGCCGGCCACGCUGCCCUCAGGGCAGCCGGCGCCAUUCCCACCCUGCUCAACCUGGUUGAGGGCAGCCCGGACAAGGCAUCAGCGGUGACGGCGCUAGGGACGCUGCAGAACCUGGCAGCGGAGAGCGCCGCCAACAAGGACGCCAUCCGCGAAGCCGGAGGCAUUCCUGUUCUUAUCAACCUCGUCGAAGCGGCGCCCGAAACGCAGGCGGCUGACGUGGCGGUGGAGGCGCUGGCAAACCUGAUGGCCAGCUGCACGGCGAAUCGGGAGGCGGUGCGCGCGGCCGGGGGCGUUCCUGUCCUGGUGCGCCUGCUGGGGGCCGGCCCCUGGAAGGACAUCACCGAGCGCGCCACCAGCGCCAUCGCCGAACUUGUGCACACCUGCCCACAAAAUCAGACCCAGGGGGCGAUUAUAUCGGAGGGGGGUGUGGAGGCGCUGGUGAGGCUGCUGGAGGGGGGUCCAGUCAGCGCGGGGACGGCUGCAGCGGUGUGGGCGCUGAUGGAGCUGUGCGUGCGCAACCCAGGCGGCCAGCACGCGCUCAUGCACCACGGAGGCCUGGAAAAGGCUGCCGGCAUCCCUGUCAGCCAUCGCACGACUUUAGGCACCUUCGCGGCGGCGGCCUGGGCGCUGUUCGCAGCAACGCAGUCCAACACAGAAACUCGCGAUGCAGCCUUUGCCGCCGGAGCACUUGAGCCAUUGCUGCUUCUUGUCGAGGGGAGCGGCGCACAGGCUGCGGUGGAGGGCGCAUUGAGCAGCCUGGCCAAUUUGGCGGACGGCUGCCCGGAGGUACGCCGCUCGGCAGGGGAGGCUGGGGCCAUAGAGCUGCUCGUUACCUGCCUCCAGAGCGCACAGAAUGGCAAGGGAACGCUGCGCAUGACGGAGCUGGCGGCGCACGCGCUGCGCACGCUGGCAUUCGAUGACGUGGCGAACCAGGAUGCGGCGCGCGCGGCCGGGGCCCUGCACUUAUUAACGGCGCAGCUGCGCUCGGUCGGCACCACGGCGCAGCGCGGCAAGGAGCGGCAGGCCCGCCGCGAGAACGCCAUCCUGGCCGCCGUGCGCGCUGUUCAUGCAUUAGCCCGCUCCAACGUCGCCAACCAGGAUGAGCUGCUGGCGGAGGGUGCAGUGCAAGAGCUGGUGGCCUGCCUGGUCCGAUCAGGCGACAAGCCCGUGGCGGAGUAUGCUGCAUCUGCUCUGCUCGUGCUGUCGCACAAUCACCCAGGCGUGAAGGCGGCAGUCGCGGCGAGCGGUGGCAUAGCUGCGCUAGUGGCGCUGAUCGCGCGGCGGCCGGCCGAUGACCGAGCGGCGGAGCCGGCGGCCGGCGCGCUCGCCAAUCUCGCACAUGACUCGCCCGGCAACGCGGCGGCCAUCGCCGCGGCCGGUGGCGUGCCGCCGUUAGUGGCGCUGCUGGGCGCCCCAGCCGAGCGCAAGACGCCCGAGUGGGCCGCGCUCACUAUCCAAUACACUGCUCAGCACCACCGGCCCUCCCAGGCCAGCUUCAAAAAGGUGGGCGCAGUGCCUGCGCUGACUAAGCUCGUCGGCUACGGGCCGGGGAGCGCCGCGGCCGCCGCUGCCGCGCGUGCUCUGCUCGUUCUGGCGUAUGACUACGAGAAACUUCUUCACUGGCUCUGA